CAUUCAGCUAACAGCUAGACAAGCGCCAGCAUGGCCACCGCACUGAGAACCCUAGACCCCGAACUGUUGGCCCUGGCCAAGACCGAGUGCAAUGAGGAGCAGUCGCAGCGCGAGGCGAUGGUGGCCACGCUUCAGGUGUGGAUUACCAAGUCGCCGCACCUCAAGGCCCCCACCCAUGAGCAGCUGAUCCUGGCCUUCCUGCGCCGCUGCCGCUACAGCCAGGAGGAGGCCAAGCGUCGCUUCGACAACUACUACUCCCUUCGGAGCGUGUUCCCCGAGGUGCUCGGCUCCCGGCAGGUGGAUGAGGCCCUUCUGACGCAGCUGCAGCGCGGCAUUCAUGUGAUACCCGCUCGUCCAGUGAGCCCCCAGGGACCGCGGGUGAUCAUUUCCCCGUUCCGACAAAUCGAUCCCAAGAAGUCAAAUCCACGCGAGGCCUUCAAGCUGGUCUUCAUUCUGCUGGAGCUGCUGGCCCUGGAGUGCGACAAUGCGACAAUUUCGGGCCUCAUCUGGGUGGUGGAUGCCCGCGAUGUGACCAUGGAGCAGAUGCUGCAGUACGAUCCGUUUCUUCUAAAGAAGGCAUUCGCCCUGGUGGAUCAGUGCCUGCCCCUGCGCUUUGUAGAGAUUCACAUGAUCAAUAUGCGGCGCGAGGGACAAACUAUCUUCAAUUUCGUGACCAAAUUUCUGCCCUCGAAGCUGCCAUUCAAGUUUGUGGUGCACAAGAAAUCGGAGGAUCUGUACGAGCACAUACCGCGGGAGGCCAUGACCAUCGAGUAUGGUGGCACCAAUGGCUAUCAGGCCGAGGCCCUGGACUAUUGGCGGCAGCGUCUGUUGGACCACAAGGAUUACCUUGCCCGCGAUGCCCAGCACGGGACCAAUGAAAAGUUGCGCGUGGGCCUGGCCAGUGCCUGGGCCAACGGUGAGCUGAACGGCAUGAGCGGCUCCUUCCGCAAACUGGAGCUGGACUGAGACCGAAUGUGACGCUGUUCAUUGUUUCAAUUAUUGUUUAAUUAUGUGCUAAAGCUAUACAAAUAAUUUAAGUCAAUUCCUAUGUACUGCUGGUCACUGGGGUAUCUCGUGUAUCCUCUUAUAAAUUAACUUUA